AUGGCGCCUACCAUCCAGACUCAGGCCCAGCGGGAGGACGGACACCGGUCCAAUGCCCACCGGACAGUUCCAGAACGGUCUGGAGUUGUAUGUCGGGUAAAAUACUGCAAUACAUUACCUGAUAUUCCCUUUGAUCCCAAAUUUAUAACAUACCCCUUCGAUCAAAACAGAUUUGUGCAGUAUAAAGCCACAUCUCUUGAAAAACAACACAAACAUGAUCUUCUAACUGAGCCAGACCUGGGAGUCACCAUUGACUUGAUCAACCCUGAUACAUAUCGCAUAGACCCCAAUGUCCCCCUGGAUAUAGCUGACGAGAAGCUUCUUGAAGAAGAAAUUCAGGCACCCACCAGCUCCAAGAGGUCCCAGCAGCAUGCUAAAGUAGUUCCAUGGAUGAGAAAAACUGAGUACAUCUCCACAGAGUUCAACAGAUAUGGCGUCUCCAAUGAGAAGCCUGAAGUCAAGAUCGGAGUGUCCGUCAAGCAGCAGUUUACAGAGGAGGACAUCUACAAGGACCGAGACAGUCAGAUUGCAGCUAUCGAAAAGACAUUUGAAGAUGCUCAGAAAUCUAUUGCUCAGCAUUACAGCAAGCCUCGUGUUACCCCAGUGGAGGUCAUGCCUGUCUUCCCUGACUUUAAGAUGUGGAUUAACCCCUGCGCUCAGGUCAUAUUUGAUUCUGAUCCUGCACCUAAGGAGGCCACAGGAUCUGCAGCCCUGGAUAUGAUGUCACAAGCCAUGAUCAGAGGCAUGAUGGAUGAAGAAGGAAACCAGUUUUGUAGCGUAUUUCCUGCCGGGUGACGACACCAUGCGGAAACGAAAAAGGGACCAGGAGGAGGGUCUGGAUUAUAUGGCUGAGGACAUAUAUGACUACAAGAUUGCCAGAGAGUACAACUGGAACGUCAAAAACAAAGCAAGCAAGGGCUACGAGGAGAAUUAUUUCUUCAUCUUCAGAGAGGGUGAUGGCGUUUACUACAAUGAGCUGGAGACAAGAGUGCGUCUCAGUAAGAGGAGGGUGAAGGCUGGAGUUCAGUCCGGAACCAAUGCUGUCCUGGUGGUGAAGCACAGAGACAUGAAUGAGAAGGAGCUGGAGGCUCAGGAAGCCCGCAGAGCUCAAUUGGAGAAUCAUGAGCCAGAGGAAGAAGAGGAGGAAAUGGAAGUGGAUCACGAUACUCAGGGAUCAGAUGCAGAAGACGGAGAGAAGGGCAGUGAGAGUGAGAAGGAAGGCAGUGGCGGAGAGGCCUCGGGAAGUGAGAGUGAGAGAGAGGAUGGCCAAGAGGAGAAGGAAGAGGAAGAAGAGGAUAAGGAGAGCAGUGAAGAAGACAGAGCUGCCAGGGACAAGGAGGAAAUCUUUGGCAGCGAUGAUGAUGACAGUGAUGAUGACGUGCAAAAUGAAAGUGGAGGCGAAGCAGAGGAAAGCGGCAGUGAGGAGGAAGAAGAGGAAGACAAAAACAGAGGACGGAGAAGCCGCAGCGCUAGCAGCAGUCCGUUUGGGAGUGACCGAUCCCAGCAGGAAAAUGAAGAGCAAAGUGGCAGUGAGCAGGGCUCUGCCUCCAGUGAUGGCAGCGAUAGCGACUGA